GCGCACGCGCGGCGCGCGGCGGUCGCCAUGGAGACGCGUGGCCCUGGCCAGGCGCUCCUCACCCGGAGCGGCCGGCUUGGCUGCAGCGAGUCUUGGGCUGCCUCAGGCUCAGGUGGCCGCCCCGCGGGCGGAUGGACGGCCGAGAUGGGGCAGGGGCGUCGGGGUACCAUGAGGACGACGAGGACGACGAAGAGGAGCCAGAGGACGGCGCUGCGGGCUUGAAAGGAUCCAGACUACCUCCCAUCCCCGGCAGCGCCUCAGAGCCGACCAAACGGAAGGUGAAGAAAAGGAAGAAGAAGAAAAAGACCAAAGGGUCGGGCAGAGGGGACGAUAAACAUCAGAGUCCAGGCUUGAAGAAUCAGCAGCUGUCUUCAUCUUUUCAUGGCAUCUUAAGUCCCAGCAAGGAUCAUGGCCCGAGGCAAGAGCACAGACAGGAUAAAGAGGAAAGCAAUCUCAUCCCUUCUUUCUCCCCCACUGUAAGUCUCCCCUACUUUGCUGAAAUAGAAGAGAACCUUUCGAACCAGAUCAAUGAGAGCCUGCGUUGGGAUGGAAUUCUCGCAGACCCAGAGGCAGAACAAGAAAGGAUUCGCAUAUAUAAACUGAACCGGAGGAAGCGGUACCGGAUUUUGGCCCUCAAGGGCUUCCACUCUGACCCCUGUGCGGAGCAGACUCCUGAGAACCUAGCCUACCCUUCAGAUAAAGACUGCAGCCCCAACAGCAGGCAGCCCUCAGUCAAAGCUGACCACCCUAAUCACUACUUUGAAGGAAAUCUUAUUCCAAAGCUCCUACACUGUGAUUUAGCUACUACUCUGCCCGAAUGAAAUCCACCCAUGAUACUGACAAGCUUAUAAUUUAUCCUUACCUCAAGUUUAUGCAUUAAAAAGAAGACGAAUAAAAGGAAAUCAGACCUACAUCUGAAGGAAGCAGAUGUCUGGUAUGUCGAUGAGGUCAACCUCUCCUUUACCAAGAUGCCCUUAAUUGCCCAGGAAAGCCACAGUUCCUUGACAUAACUAAUUUAAUGAACAAAGUUCUUUUCAGAAUUUCUUUUCUUCUCAAAUAAGCUGGCAUUUUUUUUGUUAUUUCUCAUCACCUAUAGAUGUCUAUAACCUGCCCCCCACCCCCCAAAAAAGAGAGAAAUUGUAUAGAUUAUAUUAAUUGUAGAUCUUAAACUAAUUUCUUGGGUAAAAUUCUACACACAGCCCGCUUCUGUGGGCACAAGGAAAAUGCCUCAAAUAUCCUGGAGCCCUUUUGUUUUAAUUAAAUACACUCCCUGCCCUUAGGUGGUCUUCAAAAUAAAUUGAGUUCCAGAACUUUAUCCCUGGGAAGUUAUGAGAAGUCACAAAAAGAAUAUUGCUUCUCUUGUAAAUAUGAUCCUCCCCUAAACCCCCAAGAUGGCCUUUUAAGCAAAGUUCUGGAGCAUUGAAAAGGCCCUACUAUAUUAUUUGUCCUAAAUUAAUAUUCUUCCUUCCACAAAUAUUUACUGAGUGAGGGCCAUGUGUUGUCUUAGUUUGUGUUCUUCCAGAAGCAGACCUUGGGACAAGGACUCAAAAGCAAGUAGAUUAUUUGGGAGGUGAGGGAAAGAUCCUAGUAGAGAGGAUACAGGAAAGGGAAGACAGCCAAUCCAGGGACGCUAUUAAACCAGCUCCUAUACUGGACUACUGGGGGUUAAUCGCACAGGGAAACACUAUCAGGAUUAUCCUGCCUGCCCUACUGUGGCUGAGGAGCCUGGGGAGAUAGUAAUGUCCUGGGCUGGGCCUGGGGGGUUAAUAAUGUCCUGGCAGUUCCAGCUUGCCACACCUGUGGGACUAGAGGCCUACUUCGGUUGUGGAGAAAUCACUCUCAGGCACAAAGAUGCAGAUCUAAAGGUCCAAGGGAUAGGUGUGUUUCUGGGGUAGCAUCGGCCACCUGUGUACAACACAGUGCAGGGCCCAAGAGGGACCGAGUAGAGAUUUAAGGUGAGGUCUCCGCCUUCCAAGGAGUUAAAGACACGCAGUGAACUCAGGAGAAGGUGAAAGUCAACAUAAAACAUCAUAGAAAUCUUAUCUGAAAGUUAAAUGAAGUGGUCAUCUGGGUCCCCAUUAGCCUCCAGCUGACGGAGCAGCUCUCUCCUCACCCUUCCUUAGAAGUGCAGUUGCGGAGUGUUCAUUUUGGCCAUUGUACCCUGCCAAGACAUAGCAAACGGACUUUUGAAAGAGCCCUGUCCUCCUCUGGGAAGAUUAGCAGCUGCUCCUGGCAGGACCCCUGAAGCAGACAGGAAUGGAUGGCCCUCCCUGUGCCAAGGCUUGUCGUCUGCUGUCUGGUUGAGGAGCACCCAUGAAAUCAAGCGAAGAGGAACAGGGGCUUUGGUGUGGCUCCAUGGGGAGGAAGGGAUGGGAAAUAUGCUACAGGACCUCGCCCAAUGCUCCAGGGCUCAAGGUAAAGACACAGAGAGUGGAGCAGCUGAGCUGGCAUCUCAUGUGCUCUGGAUCAACCAUGGUGGCUGGGGGUGCAAUGCAUGGAGGAGUCUGAGGGCACACCAACCUCAGGAUGCUUUGGUUGCUUUGUAUUGUCUUCCAUGGGGGGUGGGGAUGGGGAGGCUUGUGGUCGCUUUUCUGCCAUGAGAUAUUCUGGGGUAGUGGUUAAACUUAAGAGCUUUGACACCAGAGCUGAAUUUGUCUCUUUCCCAUCACAUGCUAGAUGUGUGACCUCAGACAAAUUGCUUAACUUCUCUGAGGCUUAGUUACCACAUCUGGAAACAGGGAUGCAGAUAUCUACCUCAGUGUGAUGAGAAUCAAAUGCAGUAAUUACAUAAAACACUUAGUAUAGCACCUGGCCCCCAGAAAGCAAUCUAUUGUAAGAAUUUUCAGCAAUGAUAUUUUAGUUUGGGGUAGCUACAUAGCCACUGGAGAGACCCUCCUGGGUAAUGGUGUAGAGCUCACCUCAUUGAAGGAUGAGCUUCACAAAGAAAUGUGGCUUCAGUGGCUGGCCAAUGGAUACAAUUCAAGUAAACCACAAAACAAAUUACAGGGGCCUGGAGCAGAGAGAAUGAAGCAAGGAUCUCAGAGUCCAGGGUUCUGGCAAGGGGGCUUUGGGCCCUACAAGAAAAUGCCUACUUAUAGCCUGGAGCCAAAUGGGAGGCCUGCUCUUAAGAUAUAAAUAGAGGAAGCAGUUGGGGGUUAAUGUUCCCACAGGCACAGAGAUGGCUCCAACUCAAACCACGCUGGGUUAGAAGUUUUAAAUAUAUUUCUCAUACCCAAGCUCUCUCAGUAAGGACCUUUCCAAUGACAAGGAAUAGAAAACCCAGUGAAACUGGCUUACCGACAAAAGGGACUAAUUGACUUAUAAAGUCAACAGUCCAGGAUUGUCUGUGGCUUCAGGCAUGGCUGGAUCCAGGAGGUCACAUUGUGUCAUCAAAAUUUCUCUUUCUCAAUAUCUUGCCUCUGCCUCCCCUGUAUUAGCUUUGUGUUCAGGCAGGUUCUCGUAACAGGAUUGCAAAGAUGGCCACUGAUGUUCCUGUCCUUCUUCGAAGAAAAGAGAGUCACUCCUGUGUGCCUGUCUAGUGCCCACAUCAAUCCCAGAGAAUGUCUCUAGCCUGGCAUGGGUCAUAUGCCCAUCACUGGACUAGUCACAGCAGCCAAGGAAAUGGAGUAUUUGCUGCACAGACCUAGGAUAUGGUGGGCAACCCCACUGGACAGAGGUACUGAACAGAUUGUCAUAGCAUCUAUAUGAAGCCGACAUAGAACACGGAGCAAUUCCCUAAAGAGAUGCCAAGUAGACAGAGACUUGUCCAUUACCGUUCAGACGAAGGGUGAUUAGUUUUUGAAAGAUCCUGACCAAGUGUCAUGGGAGUGAAUUUCAUAGCAUGAGCUAAUCUCAACUGGUGUGGACUGAUUGCACACUUAUCUCCAGAACUACUGGAGACCCUCGGCCAACACUAUGGAUUCUAUUAACUAAUGAUGAAUAAUGUUCUGUAACCAUGGAUCCAUGGGUGGUUCGGUACAGAAUCGGCUAGGGAACACUGUUCAGUGAUAAUAAUUGGGUUUAUGAUUUGCACCUGAUUUUGGUGGAGCUAAAGGGAUGGAUUUCAACCCUUAAGGCUAGUCACGUGACUAGAAUGUGCCUACAUGAUCAACUCACUAUAAAAUACUCCCUAUGAGUAGACUUUGGGCUUCCAACCAGCAGUGGUUGGAGACUUGGGAACAGAGUGCUCCUGUGUGAGUCUCGUGAAUAACCACUGUGGACACUGCAGGAAGACAAAUUCCAGGGAUGUAACAACUUUUGUGUGGAUUGGUGCAGCAGAUGUGUCCCCACCCCCUCCCUCCACCCCCGCCUCCCCAUGACCUCGGCUUCCUGGUAUUCAUGCCUUUCCUUUGAGUACUGGCUGAACCUGUUGACUCUAAUGAAUAGAAUAUGGCAAAAGUGAUGGAAUGUCACUUCUGAGAUGAGGUUACGAAAAGACUGUGUUUGGGGGAGGGAGGGAAAGAUGAUCGGUGGAACACAGUUGGAGGGAAGGAUGAAUCUAUUCUGUGUGGUGCUAACAUGGUGGUUACGUGCCAUUACACAUUUGUCCAAACCCAUAGUAUGUACAACACUAAGAGUGACUCCUAAACUAUGGACUUUAGUUAAUAAAAUGUGUCAAUGUUGGCUCAUCAACUACAA